AUGCCUAAAAAACGUGCUUCUGCUGCGACCAAAGCAGCGCCGGGUUCGACGACGACGAGUUCAACCCCGAGCGGGGAAAAUGGUACUAAAACCAACACCUUACCUAUGUACCGCUUGAAAUCCUUCUCCGACGAGAAGAGCGUGAACCACUAUUCGAUAAAGAAACACUCCUCCGGGGCGAUGCUUCUCGAAGGCCACGGGAAGUGCACGAACAAAAUUCCACUCAGCGCGAGGAAUACGCAAUUUUCUUCUUCAUCUCUGGUGAGCAGAGAGAACGAAGAGAUGGACUUUAUCGCGGAUGUUGGAGGCGACGAGUUGGUGAACUUUUACGUCAAGCAACUCGUCGAACAAAACGCCUUGAGAGAGGUGUCGAAAAUAGACGACAGAUUCUCGAUGUUGAGAAUAAUAGCGGUGGAGGAAGAGCGGAACGGGUUUCGGAUUCCAAAAGAGCAAGAGAAGAAGAUGAAGAUGAGAGAGAUGGAUGACGAAUUCGAGGAGAUGCUCAGAGGGGAUUCGAUUGUGCCGCGCGAAUUGUCAAACGCUUUGUUUCGUCAGACUUUUGAGUUGGCGUACGGGAAGAAGAGAGCGGCGGAGUUAAGAAAACAAUCAGGGGGGUCGGUGAUAGAGCAGCUUUUAGGUGGCCUUCCGAAGCAUUUACCCGCAGAAUUUGAAGCGAAGAGUUUAGCGGAGUUAGAAGGGUUGAACACGGCGUUUACGCCGCUGAAGAACGAGUUCCCGUCCGAGGCUUCGCUGGAUAAUUUAACGUUGGAAGGAUUAGGCAUCGAGGAGUCGGAUCCUAUUACUGAGUCAGCGAUGAAACCAAAUAAUGGUAGAAGAAAUGGAAACGAGAUCAUGGAGAGUAAGAAAAUAUUAGCCAAAGAGCAAAAGAAGGAGAGAGAAGCCGCGAAGAAGUUGAAAGCAGAACGAGAGAAGAGAGAAAAGAAGCAAGUGAAAGCUUUGGGGGGAUCGUUAAUUGCAAACUUAUUUAGCAAAUCGCAGGAUAAAAAAGAUAAUGGUAGUAAUAAUAGCAUCAACAACAACAAUGAGAAGAAAGGUCAUCAUCAAAAGGACGGAAACGACGCGACGACGAUGCCUAAAUUGCUGAGCGGUUCGACAAAGCCGACGAUGAAACAGGAAUAUGGCGCCGCUGGUGCAAAAAAAGAGAAACCACUCCACUGUCUCAGCGCGUAUAAUCACUUCGUGAUCCAAAAUCAAUCUCGUGUGGCUACUUGUAUGCCAGGUAAGUCUGCGAUACAAAUUGACAAAGAGCUCGGCAAAAUCUGGAGAAGUAUGAGGGAGACUGAAAAAAUGCCGUACUUUAAGAAGGCGGAGAGCGACAAGGCUAGAUGGAACAGGAUAGUAGGAACGAAAGAAACUUUGGAGGAGGAGGAGGAAGAUGAGACGAAAGAAGAGAGCAACGGUUACGCGCCGUGCGAAGCACCGGACGAGGUCGAGGAGGGAAAGGAGACAAAAAUGACAGAGCGACGAGAACUGCAGAAAGUGAGAAAAGAAAUCACUGCGACUUUGCGAGGAAUUGAAGAUUCGUUUGAUUUAGUUCUCGAAGAUGCGGAGGACUUAAAGGUAGGCGCGUAUGAAAACGCCGAAAAUUUCUUGGGGAAGUUGCGAGCGCUUUCAUUGGCGAUGUCUCGCGUAGUUUAA